AUGGGCCUACCACCAUCGCCGGCCAUGCUGUUACUAGCUGUGAUUGCGAUCGGACUUGCAUACAAGUUUCGUGCGGCGCGGUCUCGCUCUCAUACACUCCCACCUGGUCCGAAGCCGUGGCCUCUCCUGGGCAAUGCGCUGCAAGUCUCUCUAGAGUAUAUGCACCACACCUUCAGCGAGUGGCGGCAGAGAUACGGUACGUCCGUGCCAACAACGAUCAACGUUCCCCGGGCACGAGGAGAUAGUAGCCCGGUCGAGGACCUCCCGGGCUGGCUGAAGAACGCGCUCCCAGCGAGCCUAUCAAGGGUCAGGCAGACGCAAAACGAGAGGCUGAGGCGGAUGGCAAAGGAGGAGUGGAAGGCGUCCCCAAGGGCAGAACGGAUGGACCGAAUUGACCCGGAGAUGCCGUCGAAGAAGUAUGGGAAGCUGGCAGAGAAGUUACCUCGGAGACAGGCGAGCGACGUCGUCUACUUCUCCGUGCUCGGUAGAGGAGCCAUUGUCCUCAACUCGCUGGCGGCUCAGGAUCUCCUGGACAAACGCAACGCGAUCUAUUCCGACAGGCCGCGGUCGAUCCUGAUUCACGAGAUGAUGGACUUUUCCCCGAACAUGCCGCUCCUCCCGUAUAACGACGAGUGGCGCCGACAGCGGCGGUGGAUCCAGGCCUCGCUCCUCGACAAAGCGAAGCUCGACAGCUACCGACCCAUCCAACAAAGGGAGGUCGUCCGGAUGCUCGCUGGGAUCCUCAAGACGCCAGAUGCGUUCGCCUCGCUUAUUAGGCGGUACGAAGGCGGGAUAAUGCUGGAGAUAGCCUACGGACGCACCAUCACGGCGCACGACGAUUCUUUUGUCAAGCUUGCUUGUCAGGCGAUCCUCCGGCUGACCGAAGCUGGUAGCCCCUCCGCCUCCUUGGUCGACUUCGUGCCGAUCCUGCGCUACAUGCCUACAUGGCUUCCCGGAAGCGCGUGGAAGCGCAAAGCCCUCGACGUCCGGCGCCUCAUGCAAGACGUCAUGCACAUCCCGUAUGAGCACACGAAACAGGCUUUAGCAGCUGGUACGGCAGGCCCGUCUUUCCUCACGACGCUUUUAGAGGAGACGUCGGAGAAAGGGAGCCUGUCCCCUGAGGACGAGCGGGCCAUGAAGGGUAUCGCCAGUGUGUUGUAUGCAGCCGGGACCGAUACAUCAGCGACAGUCGUCGUGACGUUCGUCCUCGCGAUGGUCCUCCACCCCGACGUCUGCCGGAAGGCCCAGAUGGAGAUCGACCAAGUAGUAGGCAACGCGCGGCUUCCGAACUUUCAGGAUCGAGACUCCUUGCCGUACGUUGAGUGCAUCUUGCGGGAGACGUUCCGAUGGAACGCGCCGUUGCCAAUCGGCAAGCAUUCCACAUCAAUAACAAGCGACGACCUGUACCGAGACUUCCACAUUCCCAGAAACACCAUCGUGAUAGCGAACCUUUGGCACAUGGCCCGCGAUCCUGAAGUCUAUCCUGCCCCUGAAGUGUUCCUGCCGGAACGCUACCUCGGGAUGGACGCUAGCACUCUGGAUGCUACAGACCCUCGCAAGUCAUAUUCGGGUUCGGCAGGCGGUGAGCUGUGUCCGGGUCGCCAGCUGGCGGACUCGUCGAUCUGGCUCGCCAUCGCCUGCAUGCUUGCGACACUCGACUUCAGCAAGGCUCGCGACGCGGCGGGGGACGAGAUCACGCCGGCUACAGACUUCAUGCCCGGCGCUAUAAGCCAUCCCAAACCAGACAGCGGACGCAUUCUGAAGUAUGCAUACAUUACGACCGAUUAA